AUGGCUGUAUACGCCAUCGGCUCCAAUGGAUCCGGCCAGCUCGGCAUCAGCCACAAGGAAGACGUCUCCGUGCCAAAGCCUGUGCUCUUCCACCCCGAGCAGCCCAGCUCUCGCAUCGCCAAAGUCGCUGCUGGCGGCAACCACACGCUGCUCCUCACGGACUCGGGCAGCUUGUACUGGAGUGGAGACCCGGCCAGUGGAGCCUGCGGGCUGAGUCCCUUCCCCAACGUGCCGGUGUUUCUGGAAGCGCGGCUGUCAAAGGAUGAGCCCGUCGGAGAGAUUGCGCUGGCUGCGGCCACCUGGGAGGCGUCUGUCAUUGUGACAAAGGAUGAGCAGGGCCGGCGGACAAAGGUGUUUAGUCUCGGCAUUGGGCAGAAGGGAGAGCUGGGAUUGGGCGAGUUGAUUGUGAGGACGCCGUCAGCUACAAGGGUUAAAGACUUUCCUCCCGCCGGGACGGAGGUUGUGGACCUGUCAGCAUGUAUGGGACACGCUGUUGCGGUUUUGGAUAAUGGCGACGUCUAUGGCUGGGGAAAUUGCCGCAAGUCUCAAGUUGGCGAGCCUGGUGCCGUCAUUUAUUCUCCGAGGAAGAUCGAGGGUGUAGACUUCAAAGUUGUCAGGGCAGUGUGUGCCAAGGAGUCUACAUGUCUUUUUGGAGAACCUGAGAGCGGCCAUCUGCGUGUCUUGGGAUCAGACAAAUGGGGCUUGACUUCAGACGCUCCUUCAACAGCUAUACCGUGGAAAGAUGUCGGAGCGAGCUGGGGCAACUUUUACAUUCUAGGAACAGAUGGAAGCUUGAUAGCUUGGGGACGAGACGAUCAUGGUCAACUGCCGCCGCCAAACCUCCCCCCUGUAGACAAGAUUGCCAUUGGCAGCGAACACGUCGUCGCACUCUCUGCAGAGGGCGAUGUUGUGUCUUGGGGCUGGGGAGAACAUGGCAACUGCGGACCGCGAGUGGAGAAUAACGACGUCAAGGGAAGAUGGAAUGUCAUUGCAUCGUCAAAGCAUAUUCCCCCAGAGAGUAAAAUAGAUAACAUAGGCGCCGGUUGUGCCACUAGCUGGAUAUCCAUUACAUCCAGCUAA